AUGUCGCUGUACCCUGGGCCAGGUGAUGUGGGUGUUCCCAACAUGGCGGCCACUGCCGCUGAGAUGGCCAUGCUGGGUCCCGAUCCGAGCAUGAUGAACGGGCUCGAUAUCGACAUGAGCCUGCCUAUGGAUCUGGACCUCGAUCUGUCCGCUCCCGCCGACCACGCCUACAAUCCGCUUGCUCACCAGCAGCAGACCAACGGCGGCACCGGCGCACCCUCUCAGGACCAGCAGCAGCUUGUCGUGACGAAUGGCAAUGGCCGCGAGCAUCAACAGGUCGAGACUGGCCCUGGCGCUGGGCCAUUACCAACUGGCUAUGGCAUGCACCCGCAGAGCAACACCAGCACACUGACCGAGUUCACGAAGCGUCGGAAUUGGUCGCAGCGCAUCAUAGAAGAGCUCAAGGACUUCCUCCACAUCCUCACUCCCGACGGCCGAAUACUGUAUGUCUCUCCCUCGUGCAGGACGAUAACAGGCUACGAACCGCAUACCCUCAUCGGCAAGUUCAUUGGCGAAUAUGUGCAUCCGGACGAUAGUGGCAUCUUCAUGCGGGAGUUCAACGAGAGUAUAGCGAGCGGGAAUGCCCUGCGAUUCUUCUAUCGCUUCAAAAAAGAAGACGGAACGUACAUGAUCUUCGAAUGCGACGGACACCCGCACAUAUCGCCGGAGCCGCCAGGUUCUACCUCCUUUGGCCAAACUCCAGCGGGACAGUCGCUACCUGUUGCUGGUUUGUGCAGAGGCUUCUUCAUGAUGGCGCGACCUUACCCCACCAAGAACGCUGCCUUGCUGGAUUCAUUCCUAGAACACAAGAUCGAGAACGAACGAUUACUGAAACGAAUUGAGGAGCUGAAACGCGAGGAGCAGGAGGAGAAUGCAGAGCAAGACAGAUUAUACAGAGAACAAACAUCGCAAGCCGGAGGGACACCCACAGAGUCUCUAGUCGCUGCUUCGAGGAAUAGGGAAGAAGCAACACCGGAUACUCCAGCUCAGACUCCGAAUUAUCAAGGCAUGCCGCCGCCCGCCAAACCAUCCAUGUCGAAUACUGCUUUGACGCGGCAGAAUCUGGACAGCGCGUUGUCGUCGCAGAAGCCGGACAGUAUAGCUGAUAAGAUGUCACGGUAUGAAGCGAACAGCACUCACCUGGAGAGUAUCGAAUUGCUCACUGGCCUACGAUACCGUGAUGGUGAGCGAAGUCAUGGCAUCAGUACUGGAGACACCUCGCCCGCACUCAUUAGAGGUGAUGCGGGCAUAGCAAUCCUGCUGGAUCGGGAUCGUGAAGGCUCUAAGAAGGAGAAGAAAAAGCUCAAGGUCGCGGACGAGUAUGUGUGCGCAGAUUGUGGAACAUUAGACUCGCCUGAGUGGCGGAAGGGGCCUAAGGGACCCAAGACCCUCUGCAAUGCAUGUGGUCUGCGAUGGGCAAAGAAGGAGAAGAAGCGAGGUGGAGAUGAUAUCAAGACGAGCAAUAGCCCGAUCAACGGGUUGCCUGGCCAGCAGCCUCUCCCUGGCAGCAUUGGCUUGACCUCAGCUGGUCAGCCGCCUGGAAUGCCGUUGCACAACAGCAACGAUAGCGGGCAGUCGAUGCAAUCGAUGUAG